AUGUCGCAAAAUAGUCAAACAGAUCUAGACCAAGAUCGCAGACGUUGGUUUGCAGAGUUCGAAGCCCUGAAGGCCCGCUUCGAGGCUGAAAAGGAGAACGUAAAUGCCAAAUUCACCCAGCAGCAGCGUGACGCCUGUCACGAUCUCGAUGAUGAGGCCCGCUUCGCCGACACGUUAAAUCUGCCACAGAAAGCUCGCGAGCUUCUUCAAAAGUACCAGCACGAACUACGGUCCCAUCGGUAUGCCGCCUGCCAGCAACGGCGUGAUGCCGAGGAGAAGGACCGCGCGAGACGCGAAGCGGAUGCUCUUCGGGAACAUCACAUGGGGUUCCCCGUGCCCGGCAACAACUCGGUACGCAACGCCGGUUACCCUCCAAACGCUGGCAUACUGGGACAUUGUCAGCGCACGCGUUGGUCCAGCUGGGCGCGGCUCACCCUCAACCAUGCCAAUGAGCACACCUCCUCAGCAGGCACGUCAGCCUUUGCCACAAGGCCCCAUGGUGCCAAAUCAACCCGUUCAGCAGCGGCCAACAAAUGGAAUGCCUGGGCACGGCAGCUCGGCUCCGAUGCCGUCUCAACUUGA